AUGACUCGGAUGGGAAAGGACAACACCGUGUUGAACGACACAAUGCACGAAGAUGGGAAAGGGCGACUGAGCAGCAAAGUUAUUGAGAACAAGCUUGAUCACAAGCACGAAUUCGUGGCAAGGGACACAACUGUCACAUUGUUUCCUGGCGAUUCGUACACAAUAUUUUGGUCUCCCGGACUUAUAACUAGCAUCCAGACUUCGAUGGCGACUUCCAAGAGUGUAUCAGUCAGAACAUAUACCGUCAGCAUCACGAAGCCAACCACCGUGACCGCCGUGCCUACGAGCAUAAAGACCGUCACGGCGAUCUCCGGUCGUGUAUCUGUUGCAACACAAGUCGUCACUAGUGUGGAGAGAAUCACUCUGAUGUCCGGGAUCGCUAAGGAAAGCGGCUACCAGAGUUGGGAAGAUCAACCUCCGGCUGCUGAAGAGACACCCUUUCCUCCCAAGAUUUCCGAGGCAAGCGCCUAUCAGAGUUGGGAGGAUGCAGGUCCGGCUACUAAUGGAGAGACGACUCCUGCCGGUGGUCUAUCAUUCCCAACACAAUUCGUCACUAUCGUGAAGACGGUCACUGUGACUUCUGAGAACUGUGUGACAGGCGGAUAUCAGAGUUGGGCAGAUCCCCUCCCGGGCACCGAACAUGCAACGGGCCCCGAAUCUCCUUCUGCGACAUGA